ACAUUAUAGAGAGAGUCGUGAAAAACCAGAUUUUGAGCCUUUGAAUCAAAACUGAUGAAUCAAACAAAGUUUAAGAUCUGAAGCGCCCUUUCUCUCUCAAUCUCCCAAUCCGCAGUGGUAGUAUUUUUCAGUUCACUGAUAAUUCUCAAUUGUUUCCGCUUUACAGUAGCUGAAUUUCUGGAUGUUUUGAUUGUACAUAUGCAAUCGAUUCCGACGCCUCUUGAGUUGUGCGGAUAAAUUAGAUGAUAGCCGGCGAUGCGAUUGAGGGGAAACAAUCCCUGGCGAUCUCCACCGAGGUCGAUCGCGAAUCGGACGGCGGAGAUGACUUGUCUCAGUACUCAUCUUGCGGCGGCGAAUCGGAGUUCGAGAGGUACUGCAGCGCCAGCUCAGCAAUGGGGACCCCUAGCUUCCGAGGCAGCUCGUUCUACGAUUCUGAUUUCGGCUCCUUGAAAAGCUUCAAACUUGGCGGUGAGAUUUCUGAAUUUCAUAAGAUUCGCGAUUCGGAGUCGCGUCGUGGUGUAAUUGAUAAUGGCGUUUUGAGUUUGAAUGAGAGAAUUGAGGGUUUUGUGAGUGGUGGUGUUGAUUUGGGGGGGAAUUUUGAUGCGGAUGGUGAUUGGGGGAAUGAGACUGAGAGUGGGAUGAAAGGGGUAAGGGAUAGAAAUGUGCGAAUUGGGGGUGAAUUUGAUGAGACCGGAAAUGAGAGAAAGUUUAGCGAUGGUAAGGAAGGGUUGGGAAUUGAGGGAGGGGAGAAUAGGAACUUAUCGGAUGAAAGUGAAGCUUCGUCGAGGUGUGAGCAUUCGGAGGGUGAGGAUUCCAUGUUUGGAUGUGGUAGUGAUGAUGAGAGGAGGAUUGGUGUGUAUUACGAGAAGAAUGCGCGUUUUCGUGAUGAGGAAAGCGGGAUAAAGGAAAAUCGGUUGGUCAUGAAUUCUGCAGUGGCAUUUGGUUCUGAUGAUUGGGAUGAUUUUUUUCAUGAGAGGAGUGAGAAUACUAAUGGUUCCAUGAUUUGGGGUGAAUUUAGCAAGACUGUUGCACCAAGUGGGAAUGGCUCUUCGAGUUUUUCUGCUGGCAAUUCAGCUUGCAAUCAAGUUGAAUCUGGUGAUAGGUCAUCAGAGGUUUAUGUGAAUGCUCAAUCCACUGUUACAUCGAAUCUUAUUCAACGUGAUGCUCGAUCUGAAGAUGCAAAACAAGUGGUUGCAUCCAGAAAUCAAGUGAGUGAGAUUGAUGAAUUGGAUGGAUAUCUUGGAAGUGUUGCUUCUGUUAAUGAUAUAUUUCAAACAAAGAAAAACCCACUGGAAAAGGCCUCAGCAAUCGAGGAGUUCAAGACUGAGUCAGAAAUAGAAAGCCGAAAUGUGACUACAAGAGAAGCCAUCUCCAUUCAUCAUGAUUUUGCAUCAGAAAGGACAAAUCAUGAGAAUAGAAAUUUGGAGGUGGAGACACUUUGUGAUUCUGUAGUCACUCAGAAAGAUCUAGUGGCAGCAAAAGGUAAGGAAGAGAAGGAGACCAAAUCAUCUGAAGGAAGCUGUUCAUUUGCAUUUCCAUUGGUGGCUGAUACGAUAGGGGUUACUGCAGCUAAGAGUGACUUUUCUUCUGUGUUCGACCAAAUUGAAGAUCAUUUUGUUCCAGCUAAGAAAAGGGAUUUCGAGCUAAAUGAAUUCUAUGAUGAAUUUGUUAAUGAUAUGGAAGAUAUACUACUUGAUUCAACUGAGUCUCCUGUAUCUAGAUUAGCCUAUAGCACUAGGAUAAGUCACCCCCAAUUUCAUCGGCCUUCGAGAGAUGGAGGCUCUAAUGCAUCUACAUCUGGCACAGAUCAUGCUCAUAAUUCGAUUAAUCCAUCUCUCAAAAUUGAUAGGGUUGAGGUAGUAGGUGCUAGGCAAAGAAAGGGAGAUGUUUCAUUCACCGAACGGCUGGUUGGGGUCCAGAAAUACACCGUAUAUAAAAUGAAAGUGUGGAGUGGUGAAGACCAAUGGGAGGUAGAACGUCGUUAUCGCGACUUUUACACACUCUAUCACCGGCUGAAGAAAAUAUUUUCUGACAAUGGAUGGAUUCUUCCUCCGUGCUGGUCUUCCGCUGAAAGAGAAUCGCAAAAGGUCUUUGGUAAUGCUUCUCCAGAUGUCAUUGCAGCGAGGAGUGUUCUUAUCCAGGAAUGUUUACAGUCCAUUAUCCUCCAAAGAUUUCCUGCCAAUUCUCUCAACGCUGUAACUAGUUUUCUCUCCCCGACAGAGAUGGUGCCUAGCUCUCCUGUAUCUGAUACUGGCAUAUCUCAAUCAGCUCUCGCCAAUAAAGGAACACAGGAAAGUGAUUUUUCCAGCUUGGGGAAAACCAUCUCACUCUUUGUUCAGAUACGCCCUUUGAAAUCUGUGAAACGGAUGCUAGAUGAGCAACACUACAGGUGUGCAGGAUGCCACAGAAACUUUGAUGAUGGUAGAACAAGGUUGAAGGAACUUGUACAGGCACUAGGCUGGGGUAAACCUCGUCUUUGUGAAUAUAGUGGCCAGUUAUUCUGCUCUUCAUGCCAUACCAAUGAUACUUCUGUAUUGCCUGCCAGAGUUCUUCAUCAUUGGGAUUUUACUCGAUACCCUGUAUCUCAGCUGGCUAAAUCAUUUCUAGAUUCUAUUCAUGACCAGCCAAUGCUAUGCGUCAGUGCUGUGAAUCCCUUCUUAUUUUCUAAAGUUCCGACAUUACAGCAUGUGGCAAAUGUCCGAAACAGAAUAAGAGCGGUGUUGCCAUAUGUUCGCUGCCAGUACCGUGGAUCCAUCCAAAAAGGUCUUGGAUCCCGGAGAUAUCUUCUUGACAGCAAUGAUUUCUUCGCUCUGAAAGACCUCAUUGAUCUUUCCAAAGGAUUUUUCUCAGCACUACCAGUGAUGGUUGAAACAGUCUCUCGAAAAAUUCAAGAACAUAUAACCGACCAGUGCCUUAUAUGUUACGAUGUUGGGGUUCCCUGUGGCGCUCGUCAAGACUGUCAAGAUCCCGUUGCUCUCAUUUUCCCCUUCCAGGAAGGAGAGGUAGAAAAGUGCAGAACCUGUGCACUGGUUUUCCACAAGAACUGCUUCAAGAAACUAGCUAAUUGUCCUUGUGGCGCUCGUUUUAAGAAAGAGGAGACGAAGAGAAGUUCUAAUGAGAGCACCCGCGUUGUGGAUAGCAAUUUGGUUUCACUGGCCGGAACAGCUGAACCUAGUUCUGGAAUUCUCGCUGGCCUCUUCUCUAAGGUAAUGCCAGCCAGGUCUCAGAUCUCCAGAAAACGAGAGGCAGAGGGCGUCGGUAAUGUUAUCCCGAUGGGUUCGUUACCCAGCACCUCCCUCGAGUUUUGAUUUAGAUGGCUGUUCGAUCAAAUAUUAUAUACAAGUUUUGCGAAGAUACUCUGCAUUUAAGCUUGAUUCUUGCACAAUUCUUCUGUCACACACUUGUGUUGAUGUGUGUAUUUUUUUUGUAAAAUAAGUUUUAGAAUAGAGCAUUCAUGUGGUUGUUGAUUCCAUCUGUAUAUUCAAUUACAGUGUUAAAAUUGUAAACAAAGCUUUGAAGGUACGGUCUAAAGCUCUCAAGUCUAAACGACUUUUUUUUUUUA